GAGCCAGUGUGGGCAAUAGGCACAGGGAGGGUGGCUACUGCUGCUCAGGCUCAGGAGGUUCACGCCUACAUCCGUCAAUAUUGGUCGACCGCCGUGUCUCCCGCCGUUUCUGAGAACACGUCACAUCAACCAGCUGCAAGGAGUUGUGUAACUCAUAUGGACACAGCUACUCAGAUCGACGUGGACGGAUUCCUCGUUUGUGUGGCGUCGUUAAAGCCGGACUUUUUGGGCAUCACCAAUGUGAAGAGAAACUAG